UCAAAAUUCUUUAUUUUCUAGCAAAUUAAAUUUAUCAGUUUCUUUACAUUUUUUUGUUAGACCAAUCAUAAAAUUAUUUCAUGGAUGAUAUUGAAAUUCCUGAAUAUUUCAUAUGUCCAAUUUCUCUCCAAAUUAUGCAAGACCCCGUAACAAUUUCAACUGGUAUAACCUAUGAUCGUGAUAGCAUUGAACAUUGGCUAUUCACUACCAGAAAUACAAUUUGUCCAGUCACCAAACAAUCUUUACCUAAUGAUUUUGAUUUAACCCCUAAUCAUACUUUACGUAGAUUAAUCCAAUCUUGGUGUAUUGAUAAUGCCUCUAAUGGAAUUCUCAAAAUGCCUUCUCCUAAACCUUGUCUUGAUAAAUGUCAUCUCCUUAAACUUAUUAAAGAUCUUCAUCUUCCCCGUCGACAAAUUAAAACCCUAAUCGAGUUGGAGUUUCUCGCGGCGGAGAACGAGAGGAAUCGGAAGUAUAUGGGGGAGACUGGAUUGCCUAAGGCUUUAUUAAUGUUCAUAGUAACAUGCUUCAAGAAAACUCAGAUGGAUGGAAUUCAAGAAGCGGUUAGUAUUCUUAAACUUAUUCGAGUUUCUUCGAAGGAUUCGAAGGAAAUUCUCAUUGAAAACUAUCAGAUUAUCGAAUCUUUAACAUGGAUUCUAGGGUGGUGCAAUGAUAAUUGUAAUAUUAUUAAAUCUCAUGCAGUUUCAGUUCUUAAGAUGGUUCUUGAAGAUGCAAGUUCGAGUGUGUUAGAAAGGCUUAAACCUAGUUUUUUUCAAAGUGUUGUCGGUGUAAUAAGAGAAAACAUAACUCAACAAGGCCUUAAUGCAGCUUUAAAAGUGUUGUUAAACGCUUGUCCAUGGGGGAGAAACAGGAUAACGAUGGUGGAAUCAGGAGCGGUUUUCGAGCUUAUCGAACUCGAAUGGAGAUCACCGGAGAAGAAGACUACGGAGUAUAUUUUAGGUAUAUUAUUUCAUCUAUGUUCAUGUGCUGACGGUAGGGCUAAAUUCUUGAGUCAUAGAGGAGGAAUUGCUAUGGUGGCUAAGAGAAUAUUGAAAGUAUCUCCGGCCGCCGAUGAUCGAGCCGUGUUAAUUCUUGCAAUGAUAUGUAAAUUCUCAGGGACGAACAUGGUGGUUCAAGAAAUGUUGAAUGUUAAAGCUGUGUCGAAGCUUUGUUUGAUGCUUCAAGCUGACUGUGCUCCUUAUUUGAAGGAGAAAGCUAGAGAAAUUCUCCGAUCACAUUCUGAGGAGUGGAAAAAUUCUCCUUGUAUUGAUAUUUCUAUUGUGGUAAGGUAAGCCAAGACGAGAGAAGGGUAGUUUCGGAACAUAAAUUAAUAUCGCGAAAUUAAAUAUAUUUAAUUUAUCAAGAUCAAAAUAAAUUCAAAGUUUUAUAAAAUUCGAUCAAAUUUGAUUUGAUAUGAAAUCGUAAUUUUUGUAUUUAUCUGAUCUUAAUGAAUGUAAAUUGAAAAUAGAUGCUACGACUCUAUUUUUUGAGAUUGAUAAGACACUCUUUUGUUAAAAUUAUAUUUGGUUAAGGUCGGAGGAAAUACUGCUUAGCGCUGAAACUCUU